CCGCGGGUGCGGCAGCGGGGCCGGCCGGGCUCACGGCUCCUCCCGCCGGAGCGCUGCCGGGCCGGGCCGGGGGCGGAGGAGGCGGGGAAGGGGGGAGCCGCUGCCGUCACCGAGGCUCCCGGCUCACUCUGCUCGUCGCCGCGGCAGCCCCAGCCCCGCUCCCACCCCCUCGCCUGCCCCCACCCUCCUUUCCUUUCUCUCGCUUUCUCGGCGAGAGCACUGUGCCUCCCUUCCCAGAUGGCAGCCGGCAGCGCCAUGCAGCCUCUCGUUCCUCCUCCUCCUCUCCCUCCUCUCCGACUCUAAGUUAAUGCCAUGCUGCCGCUGCUCUUCCCGGCACUGCUGGCCGCCUGCCUGCCGCCCUGCCAGGCCUGGAGCCCCUCGGCGGCUGCCAGCGGUCAGGAGGAGCAGGAGCAGGAGCUCUUCUUGCCCCCUGCCAACUCCUCCUCCCGCUCCUUGGCCAGCCUCGAGAUGGACCUCGACGGCGCAGCGAGCAAGGAGGAAGGGAGCACCGACAGCCCGGGCACGCCGGCUGCCCCUAGCCAAGAACCUUUCUCUUCCACUCCCACCUCCCCCGGACAGCAGCAGCAGCGGGAGCAGCAGGAACAGCAGCAGCGUCCCCAGCCGCAGGGGCAGCCGCAGCCCGCCGAGGACCCGCACUGCAACAUCAGCGUGCAGCGGCAGAUGCUGAGCUCGCUGCUGGUGCGCUGGAGCCGCCCGCUGGGCAUCCAGUGCGACCUCUUGCUCUUCUCCACCAACAGCCACGGGCGGGCCUUCUUCUCCGCCGCCUUUCACCGCGUGGGGCCGCCGCUGCUCAUCGAGCACCUGGGGCUGGCGGCCGGCGGCGCUCAGCAGGACUUGCGCCUCUGCGUGGGCUGUAGCUGGGUGCGGGGCAGGCGGGUCGGGCGCCUGCGGGGCACCGCGCCCCAGCCCGCUGCCGCCGCUGCCUCCUCCUCCUCCUCCUCGCUGUCCUACCCGCCGGCGGCGGAGCCUGGCCAGUACUGGCUGCAAGGGGAGCCGCUGAAUUUCUGCUGCCUGGAUUUCAGCCUGGAGGAGCUAAAGGGCGAGCCGGGCUGGCGAAUGAACCGCAAGCCCAUCGAGUCCACCUUGGUGGCGUGUUUUAUGACUCUGGUCAUCAUCGUGUGGAGCGUGGCCGCCCUCAUCUGGCCCGUGCCCAUCAUCGCCGGAUUCCUGCCCAACGGGAUGGAGCAGCGCCGCGGCACCACCGCCGGCACCACCACCACCGCCACCGCCGCCAAAUAGCCUAUCCCGGUGACCCCCCUUCUCUUCGUCGUGUGCUGUGGAGGGACGCGGGACGGACUCUGUCGUGUGUUUGUUGUUUAAAGCGUGCCACAGGUGCGCAGCGGGCCGCGGGGCCGCCUUAGCGCCCUCCCGGCCCUGCCCGGCUCCGAGGGGAGCGGCCCCGAGGGGACCUGUGUGCGCGUUUUAUAUCUUUAAUACCCGUUUUAAACGAACCUUUUGGUAAAAAAAAAAAAAAAAAAAAAAAAAAGAAAAAAAAAGGAAAAAAGAAAAAAGGAAAGGAAAAGUCCACCCAAAAAAUCAAAGGAGGAACUCAGAGAACCUCCUAUUUGGCCAUAUUUAUUGUCAUCGCAGUAGCAUUUUCGUAUAGGAUACAGUUUGAGUGGGUUUUUCCUUUAUGGACAGAAAGGGACAUCUCUCUGGGCAGGAUGGAGAACUGAAGCGAUAUAUAUAUUGUUAUUGCUGAAGCUGAACUUUAAUGAAUCUUUUACACUGUAUUUACCAGUUGAGAUAGUGUGUAUUUAUUAUUGUAGCUCUGCGUUAUUUGGCUUUUAAUACAGAGACUUUCUUUCUGGA